AUGCCUCCCACCAUGCCUCUCACCAUGCCUCUCACCAUGCCUCUCACCAUGCCUCUCACCAUGCCUCUCACCAUGCCUCUCACCAUGUCUCUCACCCUACACUGCCACUCACCACACACUGCACCUGCAGGGGCGGAUAGGGAAGCGCUAGAAAUGGCAGCGCUGGCAGAGCUGCAAGUGCUUCUGCCUGGAGUGGACACGUGCGCGCAACUCAUUGGCCCUGCCAUUCCAGCACACAUUGACGAUUCAGGGAAUUCAGGGCGCCUUGCCUUGAGGCAUGGCAAGCAAAGUUUCCUUCAGCAUCCCCCAGUCCUUGAGCCCUGCGAGCCACAACCUUUCGAGCCACAACCUGCCGAGCCACAAUCUGCCGAGCCACAACCUGCCAAACCACAACCUUUCGAGCCACAACCUGCCGAGCCACAACCUGUCGAGCCACAACCUUUCGAGCCACAACCUGUCGAGCCACAACCUGCCGAGCCACAACCUGCCGAAACACAACCUUUCGAGCCACAACCUGCCGAGCCACGACCUGCCGAGCCACAACCUGCCGAGCCACAACCUGUCGAACCACAACCUUUCAAGCCACAACCUGCCGAGCCACAACCUGUCGAGCCACAACCUGCCGAGCCACAACCUGCCGAGCCACAACCUGCCGAGCCACAACCUGCCGAACCACAACCUGCCGAACCACAACCUGCCGAGCCACAACCUGCCGAACCACAACCUGCCGAACCACAACAUGUCGAGCCACAACCUGCCGAACCACAACCUGUCGAGCCACAACCUGCCGAAUCACAAUUACCAGGAGCAGCAGGCAGUGCAAUGCAGCAGGCGGUGCAGCAGGCAGUGCAGCAGGCAGUGCAGCAGGCGGUGCAGCAGGCGGUGCAGCAGGCGGUGCAGCAACAGCAACCGCAGCAGGCGUGGCAGUCCACUUCCACUGAGGCCUCUACCACCACGUGCUGCCCUCCCUUGCCUGCUCGCCUCUUGCCACUCCACCCACCUCUAUUGCAGUGUGCUCCUGCACCGCCUUGCACCCAUCCACUCUCCACCCAUCCUCUUUCUAUCACAGCCACCAGCAGCCUUCCCAUCCCCACCACUCAUCCCAUGCACAGCACCCGUCUUGCCUCCUGGCGAGACACGCUGGUCCCCAUGCUGCGGCAUGCGAUGCACAUUACUGGUCACGUCACGCACGGACUACAGCCACGAGGCAGCACUGCUUGCCGGGGGGGCAGUAGAGGCGGCUCAGGCAGUCCUCACAUCACCAUGCUGCCCCAUGCCUAUUGCCCCACCAGGCCCUCAUGCUGCGCCAGAAGCUCCCAGCGCUCAUCAGAAACUACAGCCACGAGGCAGCAGGGAGGGCUUCUUGCUAGACCCUCAUGCCUUGCCUCAUACCCUCGAGCUGCAUCACAUUCUCCUCUGCACUGCACCACCUCAUGCUGUCCCCCCACCUCAGCCAGUCCUCAUGGCAUCGUACUGCCCAUCCCCCAUCUCCUGCCCUCGGACUACAGCCUCGAGGCAGCAGAGAUGGCCAGGGAGGCGCUCUGCUCGCUGGCUGCUGACGUGCAACGAGGUGGAGAAGGAGGCGGGGUGGAAGCUGAGGGCAAGGGAGGGGCUGCAGCAGCCACGGUGGUGCAACCUGUCAUCAGCGAGGUAGGGGCGGGUGCAAAGGGGCUGUGA